AUGGCUUCGACAGAACAGAACGAUCAGACCAAAGCCAGCAAGAGCUUCGAAAUGGGCGCUAUGAGUGCCUUGCCCAAUGUAGAUCUAUCUAGCGGGAUAUUCGAAGCCCCUGGCGCAAUAGAAGAGGCGAAUAGAGGUGGGGACAUCGACCCCAAACGCCGCAACCCGAGGGAUACAGCAGGCGCCGGUGCUAUGAUACUAUAA